UCAGUUUUUGUUUUGAUUCCGCGCGUGUUUGUUGUGUUUUUUCCUCUGGCGGGCGCUCUAACCGGUUCGGCUUGAAAACGUUUCUCCAAUAAGUACCUAAAAGGUGUGUUUCCGUGGAAAAAUCUCGGCUUAAGAUGACGAAACCUCAACCCACCGCGGAGGAACCGCCGGCCAAACUGCGUAAAGGCGCUCUUACCGUGGCCCAAAUCAACGCCGACGAGCUAACCUUCUUGGCCAAUCGGUUCUGGGCCCCGGACACGGCUGACAGUCAUGAGGAGUUCAAUGCCGGCAUCAUCGAGGAAAUCUACCGGCGUGAAAUUUGCGAGUCGCGUUAUUCGAUGCGACGCAUUAUGAUGCUGGAGUUUAGUCAGUAUUUGGAGAAUUACCUGUGGCCGAAUUUUCGCGGGGAGGUGGCCUCUCGGGCGCACCUGAUGUCGAUUGUGGUGAUGUUGAAUGAAAAGUUUCGCGAGAAAGUGGAAGUGUGGAAAGUGUUUGAAGUGAAUGGUGAUCAAUUUCCGGUGUUCUUUCAGCGUGUAUUGGAAGCCUGUUUGGAAGAUACGGUGGUUAGUUCUUUCAGUAUGCGGGAGCAAACGGCUCUGUUGGUUUUCCUAAAUCAUUGUUUCAACAGUAUGGAAGUGGAGCUUUGUAGGAAUCAAGCGAAACGUUUGGUUUCGCUUGCUAUGUGGUCCUGCUUGCAGCCGAAGCGAAGGGACCAGGAACUGAAGGAGAUUCCCGAGUGGAGGAAGUUUUGGAAGAAGCUUCAGAAACGGGACAAGGCUACCGAUAAGGAACGGGUUGACUGGGAGAGGCACUUUUUGCAGAAUCUGAUGAUCAAGUUUAUGAACGUAUUGGAGUCGAUUGCGGAAGAGGGGCAAGUUUGUGAAGAAACGGUGCGUUAUUGUGAGCGGUUUUUAGAGUUUCUGAUCGAUCUGGAGGCGUUGCUGCCGACGAGGCGGUUUUUCAACACCGUCAUGGAUGAUUGCCACGUGGUGGUGCGGUGCUCGAUGGCACCACUGCUGCAGCGAAGCGAGGGGAAUUUGUUUGCUCAGCUCCUGGACAUGCUAAAGUUCUACGCCCGCUUCGAAAUCAACGACGAAACGGGAGACCCGCUGACCGACCAUGACAUGACCCAAAUCCACUACUCCAAGAUCAAAGCCCUCCAGAAGGCCGCGUUUGCCAAGUUUCCGGACCUCCGGCUGUUCGCCCUCUCGAACGUGGCCAACGUCGACACCCGAGAAUCGCUGGAAAAGCACUUUGGCGCUCUGGACGGCAAAAGCUUGAAGGAGAUCGCUUGCUACUUGAACCUGGUUCCGGAAGAGCUCGAAGCGCCCUUCGAUUGGCAUCGAUUGGAUGAACCAUUCCUGCGGGAGCUGCUGAUCUCGCGGCACGAGCGAAGGGUGUCGCAGCUGGACUCGUUGAACGAGAUGCCACUGUAUCCGACGGAGGAGAUCAUCUGGAACGAAAACAUCGUUCCAACGGAGUACUACUCCGGCGAAGGCUGUUUGGCUCUGCCGAAGUUGAAUCUGCAGUUUUUGACGCUCCACGACUACCUGUUGCGGAACUUCAAUCUCUUCCGGUUGGAAUCGACUUAUGAAAUUCGGCAGGACAUCGAAGACGCCGUCAGCCGAAUGCUUCCGUGGCAAUCGGAGGAAGGGGACGUUGUGUUCGGAGGUUGGGCCCGAAUGGCACUUCCGAUCCAGUCGUUUGCAGUCGUCGAGGUGUCCAAACCGCACAUUGGUGAGAAGAAGCCAUCGCGCGUGCGGGCCGAUGUCAGUGUGACGCUCAACGUUCGCAAGGAAAUCCAAGAUGAGUGGGAGAAUUUACGGAAGCAUGAUGUAUGCUUCUUGAUUACCGUGAGACCGACAAAACCAAUUGGCACCAAGUAUGAUUACAAGGAGCACUUUAUACCGCAAGUCGGGUUGGUGCACGUCAGGGGAUGUGAAAUCGAAGGAAUGCUCGAUGCUAACGGGAGAGUCAUCGAGGAUGGAAUCGAGCAGCGACCGCAGUUGACUGGGGAGCAGCGUACGUACAGGAUUUGGUUGGACUCCAACCAAUAUCGAGUGGAUAUGGAUGAUCUUCAAACGGGUGGGGAUGACGUGUACGAGGAGUUCAACAUAAUCAUGCGUCGGAAGCCGAAGGAGAACAAUUUCAAAGCUGUUCUGGAGACUAUCCGGCACUUGAUGAACACGGAAUGUGUAGUUCCGCCGUGGUUGCACGAUAUCCUCCUAGGAUAUGGUGACCCAGGGGCGGCUCACUAUAGUCGGAUGUCGGACCAGGCACGGGUGCUGGACUUCAAUGACACGUUCCUGGAUAUCGAUCACGUUAGGGGCAGCUUUCCGGGAUACGAGACUGUUGUGAAGGAAACGGAAGCCAGUAAGUUGGUGCGUCCCUUCCGGUUGACGUUUGAAGAUGUUGCCGAACAGGUGGACAGUAGCGAUGAAGAGGACGACGAUAAGAAGGUUGAAUUGCCGAAGAAUAUCCUGGUGGAGCCGUACACGAUUCCCAAGCGUGGACCGUAUAAGUACAACGAGCCGAAAAGAAACACCAUCCGAUUCACGCCAACCCAGGUGGAAGCCAUCAAGGCUGGCAUGCAACCGGGCCUAACGCUGGUGGUCGGUCCCCCCGGUACCGGCAAAACCGACGUCGCCGUACAGAUCAUCUCCAACCUGUACCACAAUCACCCGAAUCAACGUACCCUGAUCGUAACGCACUCCAACCAGGCAUUGAAUCAACUGUUCGAGAAAAUUAUGGCCCUGGACAUUGACGAACGGCACCUGCUGCGUUUGGGUCACGGUGAGGAAUCCCUGGAGACGGAGAAGGACUACAGUCGCUACGGGCGCGUGAACUACGUCCUGUCGAAGCGUAUUGACCUGCUCGGACAGGUACAGCAGCUGCAGGAUUCGCUGGGUGUCGUCGGAGACGUUGCCUAUACCUGUGAAACGGCAGGCCACUUCUAUCUAUAUCAGAUCAUCGCCCGUUGGGAGAAGUUCCUCAACGAUUUCGAAGGCAGCAAGGAGUACAAGAAUGCUGCUGCCUUCGAAGAAGAGUUCCCUUUCACCAAAUUCUUCCAAGAUGCUCCGCAACCACUCUUCCAUGGAAGCACCUUCGAGGAGAACAUGGAGAUUGCUCAGAGUUGCUACCGUUACAUUUCCCAUAUCUUCACCGAGUUGGAAGAAUUUCGAGCUUUCGAGCUGCUGCGCAGCGGUUUGGAUCGCUCCAAGUACCUUCUGGUAAAGGAGGCCAAGGUCAUCGCUAUGACCUGUACGCACGCCGCCCUAAAAAGAAAAGAGUUGGUCAACAUGGGCUUCAAGUACGAUAACAUCCUCAUGGAGGAGUCCGCUCAAAUUCUUGAGAUUGAAACCUUCAUUCCGCUGCUGCUUCAAAACCCGAUGGACGGGUACAACCGUUUGAAACGUUGGAUCAUGAUCGGAGAUCAUCACCAGCUUCCACCGGUCAUCAAAAACAUGGCAUUCCAAAAGUAUUCCAACAUGGAACAAUCGCUCUUCACCCGAUUGGUUCGAUUGGGCGUUCCGACGAUCGACCUGGACGGACAAGGUCGUGCCCGAUCCAGCAUUUGCGAACUUUACAAAUGGCGGUACACUAAACUCGGUGAUUUGGAUCACAUCACCCAGUGGUCCGAGUAUCUCAACUGCAAUCCAGGCUUCGCGUACGAUUACCAACUGAUCAACGUGGACGAUUUCAACGGAGUGGGUGAAUCGGAACCCAAUCCCUACUUCUACCAGAACCUGGCGGAAGCCGAAUACAUCGUAGCGGUGUUCAUGUACAUGCGCAUGAUCGGCUACCCGGCCGAGAAGAUCUCCAUUCUGACCACCUACAACGGUCAGAAGCAUCUGAUUCGGGAUGUGAUCGAUGCUCGUUGCGCCGAUAACCCACUAAUCGGGAAACCGUACAAGGUCACCACCGUUGACAAGUACCAAGGUCAACAGAACGACUACAUCCUGCUGUCGUUGGUUCGUACUAAAACGAUCGGACACAUUCGGGACGUGCGUCGUCUGGUGGUCGCCAUGAGUCGUGCCCGGCUUGGUUUGUACAUUUUUGGACGGGUUUCGCUGUUCAAGAACUGCGUCGAGUUGCAACCGGCAUUCAAGUUGCUGACAAAGCGUCCGCUUCAAUUGCAUCUUGUCGGAGAUGAGACGCUCCCGAGCACUAGGAAGGUGGAUGACAAGACCGGAGAUAAGAAGCCCGCCGUAAUCAAAGAUAUGACCGAUAUGGCACAGUAUGUGUACAAGUUCUACAUGACGAAGGUCAAUGUGAUCCGUGACGAGAUGGAAAAGAUGAAGGAGCUCUACGAGCAGCAGCAAAAAGAACUGGCUGCCAAUCAAUCAGCUCAAGAAGAAGAUUCGGAGAAGAAUGUCGUAAAACCCGGGGAGAAAGAGCAGCAGCAACCGGAGGAAUUUGUUGCAAUUCCAAUCUGUAAUUUGGUUGACCAGUUUGAUCAGCAGCUGGUGACGCAGAAGAAGCGUACCAAGAAGAAGGGGAUUCUUGGGAUGCCGGUGGCGAAGAAAACUGCAGUGAAGGAGAAGGGCUCUGAAGAAGUUCAGGAAAAGCUGCCGGAAAGUAUGGAAACAGCUCCAGAAGAAACAUCCGACGUUGAACAACAGGAUGACGAAGGAAAAGAUGAAGAGAAUGUCCCGGUAGAUCAGCCCGAGACAAUGGAGACGGAAGCAACUGACGGUGGGGAAGGCGAGGAGGUAAGCGAAGGUAAGGACUCAAAGGAGACGGAAGCAACUGAAGGAGGGGAAGUGAAGGGGAUAAGCGAAGAUAAGGAGUCGAAGGAGACGGAAGCACAGGAAGGUGAAAAAGGUAAGGAGGUAAACGAAGAUAAGGAAUCCCAGGGGCAGCAAGAAUGAGCAAUUAGGGAUUUUCCAUAAUACAUAGCUUAU